AUGGCAAAAAGUGUGAACGAAAAUGAUUACGAUAAUGUAUUUGUCAAAAAUGGUUUUUACAAUUGGAAAAAAGCUGAACAAACUAUUUUUGGCCACGAAAACAGCAAGGAACACAUUCAAUGUAUGAUUAAGCGGAUAGAAUUCAUAAAACAAACUACUCAUAUCGAUGAAUAUAUGGUAAGUCAGAAUAAAGGCGAAAUUAAUUAUUGGGCUGCAAUCUUAAAUAGAAUAGUAGCAGUUAUUCAUUUUUUAGCCGGAAGAGGUUUAGCAUUUCGAGGCCAUAAUGAAGUUAUAGGAUCGUCAAAUAACGGAAGUUACUCGGGCGUGUUAGAACUGUUGACUCGAUUUAGUUCAGUUUUAAAGCAACACGUUGACACUUAUGCAAAUAAAGACAAAGGUAAAUCCUUGAUUACUGACAUUUUAGAUAUUCUGGAAAAAUAUGAUGUGAUAAAUAUAAUAAGCAAUUGUCGUGAACAGGCAUACAAAAAUGCAAGCAAUACGUCUGGUAUAUAUUCUGGAUUACAAGCACCUUUAAAAGAGCGAGUGAGCAACGGAGAAAAACAAGUUGAUACUUUAAACAUAUCUGACAAGUUUUAUAUGAAUACAUUUUUUGUCAUUAUUGAUACUUGUGACACAACUAAGUGUGAUGGUUACAGCCACAUAAAUAAGUUAUUUGGAUUUCUAAAUGAAAAAGAAAGGGAAAAUAAAACUGAGAGUCGCUUUAAUGAAAACACAAAAAGCAUCGACAAUGCAUUAAAUGAAAUUAUCAACGAAGAAGCUUUAGAUGCCUUAAAUCAUUUCCUGUUAAAAAAAGACGAUAAACUCGAUGAGCCAAAAAACGAUUCAACAAUAGCAAAAGUAGGCUUAGACACUUUAAAAAAAAGUGACUUAGCUAAACACAACGAAAGCUCUUUUGAAGAGAUAGUUGACAAAUCAAACAGGGAAAAAGACUUAAACUCAAAUGCUAAACUAUAUGGUAAAAAAAGAUAUGCGCUCAAUCAAAAUAAUGUAAAACCACCUCAAAAGUUCCAAAAACCAAAACAAAUAAAUGUGCGCGCUCAAGAAAAAUUGAUAACCUUUGUUCAAAGAUAUCAAAACUACAUGAAUAAUUUUUAUAAGCGUGUUCAUGAAAUAACACACAACCCUGAAUUCUGGAAAAAUGUUUCAAGGGAGUAUAACGCAGAGAGUUCUUUAAAAAGAUAUCUUGUAUUCGGAAAAUAUAAACCAGGCCCUUUAGUGCGUGCUUUCUUGAAACUAUCACCAAAUUACAAAAAUGUUUUACAAAAUGCUAUUGAAGAAAGUUCAGAUCCAAGAGUUCAAAACCUAUUAAAACUCUCGAAUUCUUACAAAUCUGUUUUACGUGCUGCUAUUAAAAGGUGGUCGUGCUAUAUUUCUGGUCGUAAAACUGUAACUGGCUCAAAAAAAGAUAAAAUGAUUGUAAACGAAGAUACUGACAUUGCUGAAGAGUUCGUAACAAAAGAAACAAAUGACCCUACUAAAACAUUUCUACUUCAUUUGCUGGAUGAUACUGCUAAUCCAAAUAUUGAAGCAAAACCUAUUCACCAUUAUUCACAGAAAACAAAUUUUCCAAAUGGUUGGACGGAUAAUAACAAAAUGAGCGUUUUAAAUCAAUCAACACUUUUUCAAACAAAUGAUUUAGAGAAGCUUGAACAGUUCAAAAUGGAAGGACCUAUAUACAUUGAAUCUGGUAACCGUAAACGUCUUAUUCCAAGUUCGGGAAUGGAAUACACGGAACAAAAUAACUUAGAUAUUGCUGACUUUACUAACUCUGAAAGUUCUUUUGUUAACGAAGACGAAGAAAGUAAUAACAACGAUGUCACAUGGAAUACUAAAAGCAAAACUAAAUUAAUCGAGUUCAAUGACAAAACUGACAGAAAGCGGGAAAGCAACAAAAAAACUAUAAGUCAAACGUUAAAACCAGCAGCGGUACACGUAUAUGAAAAUAAAGAAGAACUUACUGGUAAUAAUCAAUAUAAUCUCAUAAACGCAAAUCAUGAUACAAAUAAUCUCAUUAAUGCAGAUCGUGAUACAAGUAAUCUCAUAAACGCAGAUCAAAAUAUUCAACAACUCAAUCAAAAUAAUUUAAAAAAAAACGAAGAACAUAUAACAAAAGAAUCUAGAGAUGAACAAGUUGUCGGCGAAAAAAUUUCUGAUAGUCAGCUUUUUGAAAAUAAACAUAUUGGAAACGUAAUGAAUGCAUCAGACGACAUAUAUGUAGGAGAAGAUAAUGAAAGAGUGCUUACAGAUAUUGAGAGCGCAAAACAAAUUAAAGAGCCUAAACGUGGUAGCGAAAUAAAACCAGAAACAAAUGAAGAGAACCUUAUUUCUGAUGGUAUUAGUCUUUUAAUGUCAAAUGAUAAAACUGAUGCUGAUAAAGCCUAUUUAAAUGAAAAAAAGAUUACCGGAAACGUUAUUAAAACGGAGCCCCUUCAAUCUUACGAUCUUUCCAGCACUAACCAAAAUAACGAUGACAUUUCCAGCACUAACCAAAAUAAUGAUGAAAUUUCAUAUUAUGAGAAUCAGUUAAAACAGAUAAAGAAAGAAAAAGAAAAAGAAUUUCUAGAUGGACUUUCUAAACGAGUCGCAAUGCCAAAAGUGGCUAACUCCACUUCUCUACAAGACGUAUCUUUAAAUCCAAGUGGUUUUAAUAUUUUGAAAUUAAUUGGAAGAUCUCAAAGAAUUUCAUUACCUGAUGGUUUUAGAACCUCGUGGAUUCGAAAUAAUACUAAAAAAGAGGGCAUAAAAAAGGGGGGCACAAACAAGUUGCUGCCAGUAACUGCAGAUAAUACUUUGAACGGAGUAGUCAAAGCUGAUAAUAAUAAAAACAUUACAAAUGCUUUAGAAGUUAAUAAUUCUUAUGAUAAAUUUUACAACACAAUGGAAAAUUUGGAGAGGGAUUUACCCAUAGAAACAGAAACUAAUGCGGAACUAGCGUCUGAUGAAAUGAAAGAAGACAUAAGAAGCCUCUCAAAUUCAUUGCAGUAUUACGGUGAAAACGAGACUCUUUUAAGCGAAUUAACAAGACCACCUAAUUCGGUUACGAAAAAAGAAAAUAGCGAGGGUUCAAACAGUAACAAAACGUCAUUCAAUAAAAAGGAGCUUUCUAAUGAAUCCCGUAAACAAUCACAUAAACCUUUUGAAAAAAAACAUUCUGGUGGAAAAAUAUUUGACUCAAAUGACAGAGAUUCUGUAAAUGGAACCAAAAAGACAAUAGCAAAAAAAAAGAUGAAACCAUUUUAA